CCAAUGAGACAGUCAGGAGCAUUCCCACUUUAUGGAGCCACGACUCCUGGUAACAGAAGCUUCAAGCUGUGACUGGCUCAAACGUAUACAGUAUAUGUAGGGUGUAAGGGCCUAGCUCCAGGGCUUUCCUUGUGCUCCCAUGCAGAGAGGAGCCCCCAAGGGAGCUGACGCCAGCUGAGACUGAAAAACAAGCACCUAAGCUCUACAUCUCAUCAUGGCAGCAGAAAGCUUGGAGACAGAUGGUCCCAGAUCAUCCAUGCCGCCAGAGCUCCACCAUCCCCACUCUGAGUAUUCUCAGUGGAAGUUCAAACUCUUCAGGGUGAAGUCCAUGGAGAAAGCCCCUCUGCCCAGUGAAACACGGCCUGAGACUUCACCUACGGCAGCUCCAAAUAUAGAAAUAGAUCAUGCUGCGGGUCCAGGGAGUGUUAUGAAAUUAUGCCUAGGAGGGAAAAGCAAGGAAAAUGUGGAGGGCCCUGGCAGGAGAGUAGAUGUGAAGCUACAGGAGAUGGAAACCCACAUGGACCACCUCAGGGGUUUGUGUCGUGUCUGUGGAAUGGUUCUGAGGAAAGUCAAAGGACCAGUGCACGAUGUUCAUGGAGAUCUGGAUGAGGUGAGCAAGUGUGCCUUGCGUAAAAUGGGCUGCAAGUUCCCAAGCUGGCCAGAAGUCAUCCUUAAAGUCUUCAAAGUGGACGUGACAGAGGACACAGAAUCUGUCCACCCCCUUUCCUUCUGCCACCGCUGCUGGAUGGUUGCCAUUCGAGGUGGGGGGGUCUGCAGCUUCACCAGAACAAGAGUGCCUGAGUGGAAACCUCACUCUUCCCUGUGCCACCUCUGCUACCCCAAAAAAACAUCAUUCCAGAGGACUGGAAGGAAGAGGAGGAAAGUCCUUCCAAGAGCACAGAGCCUGGCAAAAAGGACCAGAUGGGACUGCGACGCCAUCGCUGUUGGUGAGAGGAGAGUUCUGAGACCAUUUGGAGACCGUCAUGGUCCUGCUCUCAGGGCCUGGAAGAAGCUCAGCAUCCAGAGAGAGCAGUGGGUGAGGAACAUUACACGCUGCCAGAAAGAUCACCUGAGCACCAAGCUGCUCUCUGAGAAGCUCCCUGUGGACUUUGUUGCAUCGUUCACCUGCCUAGUGUGUGACCACCUGCUCUCUGAUCCAGUUCAGUCCACCUGUGGGCACCUCUUCUGCCGUAGCUGCAUUGUAAAAUUUACCCACGUUCUAGGACCUCACUGCCCUGCCUGCAACUCGCCCUGUACACCCGAUAAUCUCACCUCACCUGCCAAAGUCUUUUCAUCUGCCCUCCAUUCCCUACCUCUGCUCUGCCCCAGUGAGGGAUGUCGUGAGCAAGUGAGGCUGGACUCAUUUAAGGCUCACUGUCUGAGCCACGAGCUGAAGGAAAAUGAAAACCUGAGUCUGUCAGAACUUGAUAACUUCCUACUAACCAAUAAAGGGGGAAGACCUCGCCAGCACUUGCUCUCGCUAACCCGUCGUGCCCAGAAGCAUCGACUGAGGGAUCUGAAGAACCAGGUGAAGGUGUUUGCAGACAAAGAGGAAGGUGGUGAUCUGAAGUCUGUGUGUUUGACGCUGUUUCUGCUUGCACUGAGAUCUGGGAAUGAACACCGUCAGGCAGAUGAGCUAGAGGCCAUGAUGCAAGGCAGAGGCUUUGGGUUGAGUCCUGCUGUGUGCCUGGCCAUUCGGGUCAACACAUUCCUGAGCUGCAGUCAAUAUCAUAAGAUGUAUCGGACUGUCAAAGCCACAAGUGGCCGCCAGAUCUUUCAGCCCUUGCACACUCUUCGAGCUGCAGAGAAGGAGCUUCUCCCUGGUUUUCACCAGUUUGAAUGGCAGCCAGCUCUCAAAAACGUGUCCCCAUCCUAUAAUGUUGGCAUUAUUAAUGGGCUCUCUGGAUGGUCUUCAUCAGUGGAUGACGUCCCAGCUGACACUAUCACUCGGCGCUUUCGGUACGAUGUGGCACUUGUGUCUGCCUUAAAGGAUCUGGAGGAGGACAUCAUGGAGGGGCUGAGGGAGAGUGGGAUGGAAGACAGUGCCUGCACAUCAGGUUUUAGUGUCAUGAUCAAGGAAUGUUGCGAUGGCAUGGGUGAUGUCAGCGAGAAGCAUGGCGGGGGACCAGUUGUUCCUGAGAAGGCUGUUCGUUUUUCUUUCACUGUUAUGUCUGUCUCUGUCCUGGCAGACGAUGAGGAGGAGGAGGUUACCAUUUUUACCGAGCCAAAGCCAAAUUCAGAACUGUCCUGUAAGCCUCUGUGCCUGAUGUUUGUGGAUGAGUCAGACCAUGAGACACUCACAGCUGUCCUGGGGCCCAUAGUUGCAGAACGUAACGCAAUGAAAGAAAGCAGGCUUAUCCUGUCCAUGGGUGGUCUGCCUCGAUCCUUUCGCUUCCACUUCAGGGGCACGGGAUAUGAUGAGAAGAUGGUGCGUGAGAUGGAGGGGCUGGAGGCCUCUGGGUCCACGUACGUCUGCACUCUAUGUGACUCCAGUCGUGCAGAGGCCUCUCAAAACAUGGUGCUGCACUCCAUCACCCGCAGUCACGAAGAGAACCUAGAACGCUAUGAAAUAUGGAGAACCAACCCCUUUUCUGAGUCAGUAGAUGAGCUGCGUGAUAGAGUCAAAGGUGUGUCUGCAAAGCCCUUCUUGGAGACGCAGCCAACGCUAGAUGCAUUGCACUGUGACAUCGGCAAUGCUACUGAAUUCUACAAGAUCUUCCAGGAUGAGAUCGGAGAGGUGUAUAAAAAGGCCAACCCCAGCCGGGAGGAACGGCGCAGCUGGAGGGCGGCCUUAGAUAAACAGCUGAGGAAGCAGAUGAAGCUUAAACCAGUAAUGAGGAUGAAUGGGAACUACGCCCGCAGACUAAUGACCCAGGAGGCUGUGGACGUGGUGUGUGAGCUGGUGCCCUCAGAAGAGAGAAGAGAGGCCCUGAGGGAGCUUAUCAAACUCUACCUCCAAAUGAAACCUGUGUGGCGUGCCACCUGCCCAGCCAAGGAAUGCCCUGACCAGCUAUGCCGCUACAGUUUUAACUCUCAGCGCUUUGCUGACCUCCUCUCCACUACCUUCAAAUAUAGGUACAAUGGAAAGAUAACAAAUUAUCUGCACAAGACCCUAGCCCACGUACCUGAAAUUAUAGAGAGAGACGGAUCCAUAGGAGCCUGGGCCAGCGAGGGGAAUGAGUCAGCAAACAAGCUCUUCAGGCGUUUUCGCAAGAUGAAUGCACGCCAGUCUAAGACCUUUGAACUGGAGGACGUGCUGAAACACCACUGGCUGUACACGUCCAAGUACUUGCAGAAGUUUAUGGAAGCUCACAAGGACUCUGCAAAGGCUCUACAGGCUACCAUUGACCCAGUAGAGAUCCAGGAUGAUGAUGAAAUGUCUUUGGAAGUUCCUGAUUUUUGAAUUUUCCAUAACUAUUAACAUUUGAUUGAUUUCUAGAGAAUUGUACCAUUGGUCAGUUAUCUCUACAUGGAAGUAUUUUGACUUUCCAGAAAGUGAAGUCAGUCUCAUUCUGCUUUGGGCAAGAGGCCAAACACAUUUUAUGUUGUUUUUUGUUUUUAUAUUUUGGAACUCAGAUGCUUGCGUGUUGUUAGAUAUUACAAACAGAUUUUGCUUGAAUAGCCAGUGUUUUGCACCUGAACCCAUAAAUGAAGAUUAUUUUAUGGAAAACAAUGCUAUUUUACACUUUUGAUGUUUGUUUUUCUUUCUUUAAACAUUUAUUUGACUUUGAAUUGCUUUGUUAACUGUUAGUUACUACACCACAAAGAUGUGACGGCAGAGGCAACACAUUUUUUUUCAUACUCCUUUUCCUUUUUUUGGUUUAUAAAUCGACACCAUCUGUGAAAAAUGGUGCAUUUUAUUGUAUUGCAAGGAUAUGACACAUUUAUGCAUUUAUAUAGAGAGGAUAUUUAUGGAAACAGAUGAAAGCGCUGUAAGUCAUAGAGAGAAAUCGUGUUAAAAAGACCACAUUUGUGGCCACUGUAUUAAUAUAUCAUUUUAGCAGGAGCAAAAUGCAAUCACAGAGACCCAAAUGUUCUUUGUUUCAUGAGUGCCCUCUGAAAAAGAUGACUUUAGUGCUUUAUCGUGGGAUCCCUGUGGGGCAGAAUAGAUGCCAGGUCACUUUGAACCAAUUUUUAUCUCGUUUACUUUUUGCACAGUGGAGGAUAGAUGAUACUUAUUUGAAUUCUUCUCAUAAAAUAAAACAUAUACUGACCUUUUUGUUGAUAUCAUAAAAAUACAGUAUGGUCCAUUACGGUGCCUAAUACCCCAUGGACUCUCUAGCAGGCAGGGAUUUUUCUUAAGUUCUGUAUAUAACCUGGCUCUUUUUCUCAGCUGAUAUAUCUUCACAGCUUCAGUCGUCAGGGGAGAGCGAUGGGUGAGAGCCAGAGAGACCUGAUGUAAACUGAAUUGUUGGCAACUUUAUUUGUUUGAUUGAUUGAUUAUAUUGUCUUUUUCUGCCCUCACCAUUUUGAAUUGUGACAGGCAAUUUUGUUUUCUUACUUGAUUGAAUGUUUGAUUUUAUUUUACUGUCAUAAAUGUAACCAUAUGACAGCUAUGAAAUAUCCACAUUUCAUUGGAUACUUGUCACAGUGCUACCAUAACGCCAUGUUUUGGAGUGCAUUAUAUAGCAACUUGUCUCAUAUUUGUUUUUGCCGUAAUGAAUUGCAUUUCCAAAGUAAUGGAUGAUGGAUGAUUCACAAAAUUCUACUUCUGUCAUGUUUCACAGUGUAUCUCCUCAUUUUGGGCUCACAUGCAUAGACUAAAUGUACAGUUUACUGGAACCGCACAAUACUUUCUCUGUCCAUUCAUUUUGCAUACACUAAAGUUCCACUACCUACCACUACCUUCAAAUUAUGUUAUGCUGUAUUUACUUAUUUCUUAUGUAUUGUCAUUGAAUCAGACAACUUACCAUCCUUUUGUGAAGUUUGUACUUUUUGUCUCUGUUUACAUCAGAUAAUAAAUAAAAACUGAAGAAUUGUGAUUCUUUUCUGCUUAAA